CUACGUAUUCCGCCCUUGUUCCCACUCACUACUAGGAAUAUCUUCAGCAGCGUCGCGACAUCUCCCUUGCGCCAGACUACUUGGGUUACGUGCCGGGCACAAUCGCGAAAACUCAUAGCGCGACAAUAUGCUUCCAUUGGGCCUUUUGACGGCCGCGACGGGCCAUCCUAUGCUGGUGGAGCUGAAGAGCGGCGAAACUCUGAACGGGCUGCUUGUCAACUGCGACACAUGGAUGAACCUGACGUUAAAAGAGGUCGUGCAGACGAGUGCCGACGGCGACAAGUUCAUGAGGUUACCAGAGAUCUAUGUUCGCGGUAGCACAAUAAAGUACCUCCGAGUGCCGGACGAGAUCGUCGACGUCGUAAAGGAACAGCAAACCAAGGACCAAGCGAAUCGCGGCGGCCGAGGAGGUGGCAUGCAUGGACGUGGAGACCACCGAGGCGACCGUGGUGGGGGCAGAGGCAUGAGGGGCCGAGGACGCGGUCGCGGAAGAGGAGGAGGCGGAGGUGCUUGAAGCUGGACUUAUACCCCACUGCAGCGGCAGCCUGCGCACGCGAUACUUGUACAGAUAGCGACGGGUUGAUUUUCGACCGUCGACUACGGAGCAAGAAUACAGAGGAGCGAAAGGGCACCACUAUGGACCGUCGAGUUGAGCAGACUGCUUUUGAUGCUGCAUUGGAACAGAACCUGUCCCGACUGUCAACUCCAGCGAGAGCAGCAUCGUCUUCCUUGUCAAGCCGUACGUCCUUACUAAGUACUCGUUGCUCCUCUGCUAGGUAAGCAUAGCAGAGAGUCCGCUAUCCUGGACACAACCUGAAGCUAGCAACCUGACACGAAUAGGCGUAAGCAUAUUAGCCAAUAGGAAACCCUACAAAACGCCAGGUACAUAGUCUUUGGUUCUAUCUCUAUGCAUCUUGGCCGCAGUGAUACAGUUACCCGAACAAUAUGGUGGUCCGGCGGAGUCGUAC